AUGGAUGUCCCCAACGCUCUAUCCCCGAAAGAGUUUCUUGAAUGCAACAAGAUCUCCCGCGUGUGGAAGCCAGCCUAUGUCUGGCCCGCUGACAAUGAUGGUAUCGUUCGCGUCGUGGGAGGUCAUGAUAACCCGAAUGUUGCUGAGCACCGCCGCAACCGGGAAUGGGCGAGAGCGAUGGGACAGGAACCGGGCCCGGUUGUCAACCAUGUGGUUUCUGCUAUCACAAUCGAAGAGUUCCACCAUGAGCACUUCCCCAUGGUCAGUGCGUACGAGGGUCUGUCUCCUAUGCAGGCCGAGUUCCUAGAUUUGGUCCCGGAUCAGCUCGACAUGAGUAACCGAUCUUCUAACGAGCUCCAGAAUCCUGAUUCCGACAGCGACCUUCCUCCCUUUGAUGCGACUUUAGAUGUUCCCGUCUGUACUGCUACCUCGCCUCAUGCCAUUUUUGCUUUUCCUAUCACGCCGUCCGGGCCCAUCAGUCCAGGUACUCGCGGCGAGCCCUCUACUCCCGUCUGGUCCGCCAUUGCAAUUCCCACCCACACUUACCCAGAGGAGCACUCGCCCGCGGAUGUCAUCGUCGAGAAGUUGCAAAAUUACAGAACCCAUACACCCGACGUAGCUCCUAAGUAUGAGGGUAAUUGCGCCUUCACUGUCAUCGGCAGACGCAGAACGCCGAAUGAUCUUCGCCCGUUCGGUUCACCUACGAGGACCAGUAGCGACACACCUUAUCCUUUUAUGCCCAUCAAUAACUCUGGAUUCGUUGCUUCCGCUAUGAAUCGUCCCGUCAAGUUCUGUUCAGAACUUGAGUCGUCGACCCUCGAAGUUCUGAGCUCCGCAGUCUAUGUCAAUUCGUUUGGAUCUUCCAAUACACCUGCAAAUCCUUUAGCUGCUGACAAGGGCAGUGGAGCAAUGGCUCUGGAAACAAAUGAGCUUGUCAGCAUGACCGCUGACCCGGAUGUCGGCAAUUUUUCUGACACAAACCUGUCCAAUAUGGAUAAGCUCAUGAUCGACCCAGCCAUUGCUGAUGCUUCAAUUGUCAGUGCCGCCGUUAUUCUGCCACAGGACGACUCUCCUCGAUCCCAAAAGAGUAAGGGUGUAGACGAAUCGAUUGUUGAAGAACAGUCUUCAUGCGUUCAACAGCAAGUUCCCAGUGUCGAUCAAUGGGCGCGUAAUUAUGAAAAGGGGGGUUCCAUGGGGCCUGUAGCGACAUGGCGACGAUCAACCGUCCGUCUUAAGCAGCUGGGAAGAAAACUUCUCAAACCAGACACCCAGGAGCAACAGUUCCUUGUGGCGUGCAAUAAGACGGUAAAUAGCCAUGGCAAUCCGCCCCAUCUACCACCCAAGGACGACCCCGUCACACAUCCUAAGCGCAGCCCUGUUCCAGUUUUCCCCACCUCGCUGGGGCCUGGUGAACAAUCACUACUCUACUCUAAACUGGAGUACAUGGUCUGUGAGACUGCCAAUGCUUUCCUGGUCGAACAAUACUUGAAGGGCCGUAUCGACCACCAGACCAUCAGCCGAGUCGUCAAUGGCUGGGCCGCGAAGAACCUGCCUCGAGUUCCUGAGUUCCGAUUCGAUCAGGCCACCCAGCGCGACCUCAUCAAUGCAAAUCGUCGCACCAUGGAGUUCACCGGCAAAUGCUCUGCCAACCCUGUCCAGCUGGAUGCCAACCUUCGAGCUUGGAAAUCUGUCACACAAGACAUGAACCACAGAACCUUUAGCAUUUGCGAUAGCGCCAUCCGCAAGACGAUGUAUGAGAUCGGGGAGGUCCUCGAGAUGCUUAACGCUUCUGUUAAGGCUCUACAGGCAUUCGACGAGCUCCGUACCAACGUCCAUCGGUACAUGUUCACUCCUCCAGGGUCUCCGGCCUCUCCCCUCAUCAUUUGA